GUACAGUGUUAUGUCUGCCUUCUCUGAAUGAGUGCUACAGAGAGACAGAGAGGGGAGAGAGACAGAGCACUAUUAUAUUUUUUGUUCAGAAACAACAAUGGUUUCCCUUAUCCACAGUGUUUGAGGCCUCCCAGCACCAUCCUCCUCUCAAACGCACCCUGGCAAGCUCAGCAUCAAGGAGACAACACCCUGAACUGAGAAGAAUGAGCCGCAUGGAGGGUCUGAGGGCCAACUCUUCUCAGUUCACUCUGGGAGGAGAGCCGUUCCGCAUCCUGGGAGGCUCCAUCCAUUACUUUCGUGUCCCCAGGGCCUACUGGGAGGACCGUGUGCUGAAGCUGAAGGCCUGUGGCCUCAAUACUCUGACAACCUAUGUGCCAUGGAAUCUGCACGAGCCUGAAAAAGGAGCAUUCAACUUUCAGGAUCAGCUGGACCUCAGGGCUUAUGUCAGUUUAGCAGCAGAGAAGGGUCUAUGGGUGAUCUUGCGUCCUGGACCUUACAUCUGUGCUGAAUGGGAUCUGGGCGGGUUGCCGAGCUGGCUGUUACAGGAUAAAGACAUGCAGCUGAGGACAACUUAUACUGGAUUUGUAGAUGCUGUCAAUCUGUACUUUGACAAGCUUGUCUCAGUUAUCAAACCUCUAAUGUUUGAAGAGGGAGGCCCAGUCAUUGCCGUUCAAAUGGAGAACGAGUAUGGAUCAUAUGCCAAAGAUGACAAAUACAUGCCAUUUAUAAAAAAUUGUCUUCAGUCAAGAGGGAUCAAGGAGCUCAUGCUGACUUCAGACAACUGGGAGGGCUUGAGAUAUGGAGGGAUGGAAGGAGUUCUGAAAACAAUAAACCUUCAGAGACUGUCAUUCGGAGCAAUUCAGCAUUUAGCUGACAUGCAGCCUCAGAAACCUCUAAUGGUGAUGGAGUAUUGGUCUGGGUGGUUUGACGUCUGGGGAGAACAUCACCACGUCUUCCAUGCUGAGGACAUGGUGGCUGUUGUGUCAGAGAUCCUGGAGAGAGGUAUCUCCAUUAAUCUGUACAUGUUCCACGGGGGAACCAGUUUUGGCUUCAUGAACGGAGCGAUGGACUUUGGCACCUACAAGCCUCAGGUCACCAGUUAUGAUUAUGAUGCCCCGCUAUCUGAGGCUGGAGAUUACACCCCAAAAUAUCAGCUGUUGAGGAAUUUAUUCAGCCAGUACCACUCUGAGCCUCUUCCUGAAAUGCCUUCUCCUCAGGAGAGAAGAGCAUAUGACCCUGCUGUCAUCCAGCAGCACCUGUCACUGUGGGACAGCCUGCACUUCACCGACAAGCCAUACAGGUCAGAGAGGCCAGUGAACAUGGAAAAUCUCCCUGUCAACAAUAACAAUGGUCAGUCUUAUGGCUACACACUGUAUGAAACCACCAUCACCAGUGGAGGAGCCCUCAACUCCAAGAACAACAUCAGAGACAGAGCACUGGUUUUUGUGGACAAGCAUUGUGUUGGUACCUUGGACAACAAAAUUCAUGAGCUGACACUCCCUGAGGGAGAGGGAAAGAGGAUGUUGAGCUUGCUUGUGGAGAACUGUGGAAGAGUGAAUUAUGGGAAGGCUCUGGAUGGGCAGCGCAAAGGCAUUGUGGGAGACAUUCUGUUGAAUCACAUCCCUCUGAGAGGAUUUACCACGUUCUGUUUAGAUAUGAAGUCAGGCUUUAUAAAAAGAUUAAUGAGUUCAGGCCAGUGGAAGUCUGACCUCAAAUCACCCUCCAUUCCAGGAUUUUUCCAGGCCAGACUUUGUGUUGAUGGUCCUCCAAGAGACACCUUCAUCACACUCCCUGGUUGGGGCAAAGGCGCAGUGUUUGUCAACGGGCAGAACCUUGGGCGUCACUGGUUCGUUGGCCCCCAGCAUUUCCUUUAUCUCCCAGGAGCUUUGCUCAGAAGUGGAGAGAAUCAGGUUAUUGUUUUCGAGGAACAAAAAGUGGAUGACAAAAUACUGUUUGCUGAAAAUCCCGAUCAUGGAAGGACAAUUGAUGUUUACAAACUCCCGUUUUGCACGCUGCUGUGAAGAUGAUGAGCUGCAAC